AUGACUGCGGAACCAGUCGGUACCGAAGAUGUUGAAAUGAAUUCUGCGGGCGUUCCAGGCAGCAAUCAACUACUACUAAAAUUCAUCAACUCCGCACAUUUCUCGCUCUAUAACAACAUUGAGUAUCUGACUCGAUACUCACAAAACAUUGGGAUUCAUUUCUAUUUGUGUCAGAAGCUCUUGACCUUCCCACACAACGAGUUACAAUUUUACAUACCGCAACUGGUUCAGGUUCUUCUGACCGUCGAAACUGAAUCAGUUGCCCUGGAAGAACUGCUUCUUAAGCUCAGCUCUGAGAACCCACAUUUCGCCCUUUUAACCUUCUGGCAAUUACAGGCGUUACUAGCAGAUCUUUCCCUCGACCCUUCAAGUUAUGGCUUUCAGGUUGCUCGCAGGGUUAUCAACAACUUACAAAAUGUUCUUUUCAACCCCUCUAAGACUACGUUGGACAAUGAAAAAAUCAAUGAAAAUGUUGCGCCCGCACUGAUACUAUGCUCGAUGAUCAUGGGUUCGCUCGCCCUUCCUAAGCUUGGCGAAACAACCAAACCUUUGGUUCAGUCGCAGGGGAAACGACAAAAGAGCUACGUUUUCAAACUAGCCAAGAACGCAAUGGGAAAUUUGACUAAAAACCUAACUCUGAAGAAUACAAUCAUGAAUCAGAAGCGAGGCUCCUCGAAUGGUAGUGGUGCUUAUGAGCCAAAUUCACCGGUUGAGCUGAUUGACAGCGUAACUACAAGAGAGGAUACACUAUUCAAGAAGCCACGAGAGAAACCUUUGACCUCGCUGAACUUCGAUAUUAUUGAUGACGUGGGUGAAAAAAUGUUUCAAGAGAGAAUUUCAAACUCCAUCAAACAGCCUAAGCGGAAAUCAAGAAUCGUGGAUAAAUCGUACGUGCAUAGAAUUUAUCAGCAAUCCACACCAUCAGGUGCAUCCGAUUCUUUUUACGAAGAAGAUUACACCAAUUCUCUUCCUGAUUUGCAUAAGGACCAUGGAAGAAACAAUUCCACAAGUUCACUAAAUUCUUCCAAAUCUCAAAAUGGGUUUUAUCAAGAUAACGACAUCGAAAAAGUUAAUUCGGAUCCUUUAGCCGUUGACACUCCUGAUGAUAACAUUAAUGGGACACCACCGAGAAGAUGGUCACAAAAUUUACCUAGUGGAGUGAAACUGGACCAAGUCUCAACCCCCAAGAAAAUUAGACUACUGAAAUCGAAUUACUUCAGAUGUGAAACACAACUAGCAAUCGCCUUGGAGUCCAUUUCUCAGAGAUUAGUUCAGGUACCCACAGAGGCACGUUUGAGUGCGCUUCGAGCUGAACUUUUACUUCUGAAUAGGGACCUGCCCGCCGAAGUAGACAUUCCAACACUGCUGCCACCAAACAAGAAAGGUAAGCUUCACAAGCUGGUAAACAUUACAGCUAACGAAGCCCAAGUGUUGAACUCGGCUGAAAAAGUACCAUUUUUGCUUCUAAUUGAGUAUUUGAGAGAUGAAAUGGAUUUUGACCCCACUACUGAUGACAACGAAAAGGUCUUGAAAAAAAACCAAGGAGAAAAUGGCUUUAUCUUUGAUCUAGCAUAUAUCGCAAAUGAUAUCAAUUCUAACCAUGUUGUGAUGGAUACGACUGGCGAAAUAAGCAAAAUCACGGCUUCGCAAUCUUUUGCUGCAGAAGAUGAUUCAACAUUGAAGGCUAACAGGGAAGUGGACUUAGGUGACAUGUCUGUUGUAAAGCUGACAAAUCGCAGUGAGGUUGAGACCUACAGAAGAGAAUUAAUAGUCCAAUCGGCCACUAAAGUACCUGUAAUACCUGACGACUCAACCAACAGAAAUCCUGAACUGCAGUUCAUCAACAAUUUGGAUGAUAUAAGUGCUGGUCUUGAAGGAACUGAGCUAGAUGGGCUUAAUUCGUCGUCGGCUGAAGAUCUUGCAACCCAGAUGCGUAUUUCAGCGGUGAUGCUGUCACAGUUAGAUAAGUCUCCACAUCAACUCCAUGGUGCAACUAACCAAAUUCGAGCUAAAAUCAUUGCAUCCAUGCAAGAAGUUCAAGAUAGAUUCGGAUUUCGCGAUUUGGAAUCAAUACAUGGGAUGGCUGGUGAAAGGAAACUUGAGAAUGACAUGAAAACUGGCGGUCUACAAGGAACGAAGAAAGAUACAUCUUAUUUGGGAGAGGAUUGGAACGCAAAGAAAGAAAGAAUAAGGGCCACAUCUGAGUUUGGUAAUCUAGAAAACUGGGAUUUAUGCUCUGUCAUUGCCAAAUCGGGGGACGAUUUGAGACAGGAAGCAUUUGCAUGUCAAUUGAUACAGGCCAUGGCCAACCUCUGGGCUCGGGAGAAUGUUGACGUUUGGGUCAAAAAAAUGAAAAUUCUAAUAACCAGUGCAAAUACUGGAUUGGUCGAAACAAUCACCAAUGCCUUAUCCGUACACAGUAUAAAAAAAUCUUUGACAAGCAAAAUGGUGGAAGAUGGGGAACUCAACGAAAAGGGUCAAAUUGCCAGUUUGAAAGACCACUUUAUUCGUGCGUAUGGCGAUUCAACGGGGUUCCGUUACAAGAGAGCCAGAGACAAUUUUUGCUCCAGUUUGGCUGCAUAUUCCAUCAUAUGUUACCUUUUACAAGUAAAGGAUCGUCACAACGGUAAUAUUAUGGUGGAUAACGAGGGCCAUCUUGUGCACAUUGACUUUGGUUUCAUGCUGUCAAAUUCUCCCGGCUCUGUAGGAUUUGAGGCUGCUCCCUUCAAACUCACCUACGAAUAUGUGGACUUGUUAGACGGUAUACAUUCCGAAGCCUACAAAAAGUUUGUCAGGUUGACCAAAGAUGCUUUCCGCGCUUUGCGAAAAUAUGGUGACCAAAUAGUUUCGAUGUGUGAGAUUAUGCAAAAGGAGAACAUGCAACCUUGUUUCAACGCUAGGGAACAGACGAGUGCACAAUUAAGACAACGAUUUCAACUUGAACUAUCGGAUUCUGAAUGCGAUGACUUUGUUGAAAAUGUUCUGGUUGGCAAGUCGCUCGGCAGCAUAUACACAAGACUGUACGAUCAAUUUCAACUCGUAUCCCAGGGUAUUUACUCUUAA